GUAACUCAAACUUUCAGUUCGUCCCCUACAGCUCCUGUUGGUUUCUCUGGUUUCUCUUCUCUACGGAGGCGAGUUUCUCUUCGUGAAGUUGUUGUGUCUGGUCGUCAGCCACGAAGCGUCUCCAGUCAGCUUUGUAAAAAUGAUAUACAAGCGCCUCAAUGUUAGGCCGAAAAAUCAAAUGGAGCUGCAUCUGCCAGCUCCAUGCAAGGUACUCUAGGAAGCUCUUCACUGGACGCAGACUUAGUGCGAAGAACUACUACGAUGUGCUUGGUGUAAAGAAGGAAUCCACACAGAAAGAAAUUAGGGAUGCUUAUGUCAAGUUGUGCAAAGAGCUGCAUCCUGACAAGCAGGGUUUGACGAAGGAUGGCCACAGAAAAUUCACCGAGCUCAACCAUGCGUACACGGUACUGAGCAAGCCUUGGGAUCGAAAGGUGUACGAUGAGGAGCUUCAGGGCCCACGUUAUCAGCCGUACAGAAGCGACAUGCAGCGCCCAUUCGACAGGCAGGAGGACCCCUUCAUGCACCGGCAGGGCAGGUACUACGAGAAGCCCCCCGACUACUCGAGCGCCUUCAGGCAUGCUUCGGGACGCUACGUCGAGAACAAGCAGCAGAAAAUCAACAUUGUCGUGGGUUGCUUCGUGCUGCUCCUAGCGGGGGCAUGCCUACAUUUUCUGGCCUACAGGUACGGCACUUCUAAAGAUAUGAAAGAGAGAAUGAUGGAGGCAAGUAGCAGAAACUGGAGGCUGUACCAGCAGUCUAAAGACAAUCACAAGAUAUACGGGACUGCAAAACAGAUUGAACGGAUUUUCGGAGAUGGUGUUCGAGAGAACGAACCUGGCGGCGACGGCGAGGACGGAUCGGAAUGAAUGUUUUGUUUCCUCGUUGUUGAAUAAAAGUGUUUUGAUGUAGUU